AUGAAUGUCAUGAAUCGAAUGAAAAGUAUCUUGACUGUAUUCUUUAUGCAAAUGUUCUAUAUUACAUGUAUAUGGUAUCCAUCGAAUCAUUUAGAACAUAACAGUUAUCCAUAUUCAUUCAAUUCUCAUUAUUCCAUACAAGAAUCGAAUAGAAAAUAUAAUGAAGAACCAAUGGUGGAACAAGUGAAAACUAUGAAAUAUCAUGGUAAUCUAUAUAGAAAAGUGUUGGGUUUGAAAUUACCAUUUCAUCAAGCUGAACAAUAUUGUAAUCAAGUAUUUUCAUCGGAAUCACAUUUAACAUCGAUACAAUCAGAUGAUGAAUGGGCAAUGUUAUCAAAAUGUUUUGGAGAUACCAGUUUAACUAAAAUAUGGCUAGGAGGGACUGCAGACCUAAUGAAUCAUCAGUAUGUCGUUUUGCGGUGGCUAGAUCGAUCAAAUUUCAAUUACCGCCGGUUCCCAGAUACAUAUGGAGAACACUGGCAGAAAAUCCUGAAUAAGCACCAGGGUUGUAUUAUUGGUAACUUGAAAAACAAUGGUCAAGGAGAAUGGGACAUUCAAGCUAUGCGAUGUGAUGAACCGAAAGAGUUCAUCUGCAAAGAAACAAACUUUGAUCAACAAAAUAAACCAUGGGAUACUGAAAAGUCAAGACGUGGUUAUGUACCUCAAGAAACACCGUUUAAUAAUCGCUAUAAUCAACCCCCAUUCGGUAUUCUUUCAUUGAAUGGAGAUAUGUAUCAACCGAAAAUACCAGCAAGUCCGAAAAAGUCAAUAAUUGCUCACGUAUCCAAUGUACAGACAGUAAUACCGACAACAGAUAACACAGAACAACAAGUGAACCGAAUCGCAUUAAUUCAGAAAAAAAUCAAUAACAACACCACAAUCACAAGGGUCAAUAGUAGUGAGCCCAAAUACUACGUAAUCCCGACAAAAAUACCAAAUAACAUGACCGAACCACAAGCAAGUACAAGGAGUACAUUAGAAAAUAAGAAAGUGAAAUUCGUUAUAAUCAAAUCAAAUGAGCCGAAAACAAGUCCCGAAGAAAAUAAUAAUGAUAAGAAGUCGGAUCAAAGUAAAGAAACAAGUUCAGAAAAACAACCUGGACCAGUUACAAUUUAUCUUCAAGGUGUUUCUGUACCAGAAAACUAG